AUGAGAAAAACAUUACGAGAUAUCACUGGCGGAGAGAUCAUCAUCAUCGACAUGAUAUUGAGCAUGAUGGAGAAGUAUUCGAACAAUCUGGAAAAAAUCAUCGAUGAGAGAACUCAGCAGCUGAACGAGGAGAAACUAAAGACCGACAAACUUAUCUACCGGAUGUUACCCGCCUCCCUAGCCGAUAACCUCAAACUCGGCAGAGCUGUCCAGCCAGAGGCGUUUGAAGAGUCCAGCGUGUAUUUCUCGGACAUAACUGGCUUCUCACAGCUAGCUGCGGAGAGCAGCCCUCUCCAGAUCGUUGAUUUCCUAAACGGCCUCUACACAUGUUUUGAUGACAUCAUUGCUAACCAUGACGUUUAUAAGGUAGAGACUAUAGGAGAUGCCUACAUGGUCGUCAGUGGCGUGCCAAUACGUAACGGCGUACGUCACGUGGCGGAGAUAGCUAACGUCGCCCUUGAUGUGCUCGGUUCGAGCAUGAAUUUCCUGAUCCGGCAUCGACCCAACAUGCGCUUACAGCUUCGUAUCGGUCUGCACACGGGACCCGUGGUAGCUGGAGUCGUCGGACUCAUCAUGCCUCGAUACUGUCUGUUUGGAGACACAGUGAACAUGACGGCUCGCAUGGAGUCCAACGGAAAACGGCAAAGGUCUACAGAUGACAUACUGGUUGGUUGGAAAGGAGAACUAUGA